AUGGAUCUCGACGUCAUAGAGCGAAUCCAUCACAUCACCCUGACAUCGGAAGAGGAUCAACCUAUUCCAGUUAGGGCGGUCCACAGGGAGAAGAUCCUCGAAGAAUAUUCCCUCAGCCUCAUAGGGAAGUUCUUGUCUACACGCCCUGUAAACCUGAAGGCUGCAAAGAACAUCUUACGAUCGGAGUGGAAACUUGGAAGUGACCUGAAGAUUAUUGACGUGGGAAAUGGGUUGCUUCAGUUUAAGUUCACAUUGGAGAGCCAACUGCAAUGGGUCUGGGAUAAUGGUCCGUGGAGCUUUGACAACAAUAUCCUGGCCCUACAGAGAUGGGAGAAGGGCCUAACAGUCAGGACGGUAGUUUUCAAGAGCCUGCCAAUGUGGGUUCAAGUAUGGGGCUUACCUUUUGACCUUAUCAAUGAAGAGGCGGGAUUGGAUAUCGGGCGUGGGCUCGGGUCUGUUGUGGAAGUGGACUGUAGGGCACUUGCCUCAGACUAA